AUGUAUAGAAACACAGCGACCGUCGCGAGCGGUAACAUAGUCCCUGCAGCAUCGCUGAAACCACCGAGCGAGAAUGAGACCAGCAUCGCAGACAUGUUGGCGCGUAAGCGCCAGCAGAUAGACCUCGAAAUCGACGAGUUCCGUUGCCUGAAAGAACGCGAAUUCCAAGAUUUCGAAAGAAAUCUACGGAAACAGAGACGAGGAAGGCGGCGUGGAUCAGGUUCCAAGGAUGCACAGAAGGACUUACGGCCGGGCGCACUCGGGUUGCUCAACUUGCCGGUAAAGCAGCAGCAAACGAACGGUGUCUCCCGCCAGCAGACAGACAAGGAUGUCGUGCCACGGGCAGUCAGCAAGCCAACGACUGGAGUACAGAAGGACACAAUCACCGCAGAGCUACCACCAACACCACUGAAAUCGAAAUUCGAUCUGCCCAAGCCUCCCAGAUCACCCCAACCAGCGUCCCUGUCACCUGUGCGUAAUGGAGAUAAGAAAGGAGAGGCACCGUCGUCAGCUAGGAGGCCACCUCUAUCGCCUCUGAGCCCACCGAACGAGAAGACUGCAGACGGUUUUGCGGGUGUCUUCACCCCUGCCUACCUACCAUUACUAGACUCGAGGCCAUCAGCCGCCCCAGUGUCACCUAAGUCAGGAUCGCCGCCCAGCCACGGCUCACUCUCUCUAUCCCUACCCGACUCAGCAUCACAUAACUCAGCCACGCCUAUGCAACGUUCGAAUCGCUCUCACACGGAGCCUAUAAUACCUUCCACCUCUUUACCGUCAGCACUACGAACAGCAUCAGGCACAGCCGUUCGUAAACGCAAACACGUCACUUUCCAACUCGCUGACUCCGCCAUCGUCGAACCCAGCAGCAGCUACGAGGAGAUGCCGAGCCCUAGUCCGAAAGACGAGCGGGGCAUGAACGGCUCUCUCGACGAGGCGUCUCCCAGCGACGAGGACAUUCCCGCACCCAGACACGGACUAGCUUGGCACAGUCGCAACAGCCCGGCUGAUCUGACGACCGCGAUUGAGGGCGGUGGGGCGGGCGGCUUUUUCGAGCUGGAUGAGGAGCUUAGUUCGCCUGGGUUGGAUGCGGGCAAACCAUUCAUCCAAGACUUUGACGAUGAUACCAGCAGUCCUGUUGGAACGAGACGAGGUGAGAAGAAUGGCAAAUGGACUGCUAGUGAUGGAGAUGAGAGUCUGCAGAAGUAUGAGUACAGCGGCAGUGUGCCGAUCGAUAUCCAGCAGUACCACCACCUAGGCUCCACCCGUGGCAUGCGCACAGCACGCUUUCUAAGCAGCUGCGCCCGCCUCAACAGCCAUGAAAACCCACUGAACCUCCCGCGCUCCUCCUCCUCCUCCGCACCACCACCACCACGCUCCCGUCUUCCUCCACGGGGUACUCUCCCGCCCAGACGUCCGAUCCAGAAUGUAAGAAAGGUCAUCGCAGUCUCCUCCGCCAAAGGCGGCGUCGGUAAAUCCACCCUGGCCGUGAACCUAGCACUCGCCUUCUCCCGCGCCCAACUGCGCACGGGCAUCCUCGACACCGAUAUCUUCGGUCCGAGCAUACCCACACUGCUGGGCCUGGACGGGAAAGAUGUGGGACUGCCGGAUGUGACAAGGGAGGGGAAAUUGGUGCCGUUACGCUCUUGGGGAUUGGGCAGUAUGAGUAUGGGUUAUCUAUUGGGCAAAAAGAGCAACGAGGACAGUACUAAAGAGGAGGGUGACGGGGACGGACCACUAGCAUGGCGCGGCCUGAUGGUUCAAAAAGCGCUGCAGCAGUUGCUGCAUGAGGUGCAGUGGGCUGGUGGGAUUGGGUCGGCUGUGCCUGAGCUGGAUGUUUUGGUGUUGGAUCUGCCGCCGGGCACGGGCGAUGUCCAAUUGACAAUCGCGCAACAGGUUGUGCUGGACGGGGUGGUUAUUGUGAGCACUCCGCAGGAUGUUGCGUUGAAAGAUGCUGUCCGCGGCGUGGGAUUGUUUCAGAAGAUGAAUAUCCCGGUGCUCGGGUUGGUGCGAAAUAUGGACUUAUUCGUGUGUCCCAAAUGCGGAGAGGAGACGAAGAUAUUCGCGCACCAGAGCCACGACGGGAUGCAAGGUGCUCUACAAGACAGGAUGCGGCAAAUGGGCGUGGAAGCGCUGGGCCACAUACCGCUGGAUCCGCAGAUAUGCUAUGAUGCGGAUCAGGGAAAGCCGACUAUUGUGGCGGAGGAGGGGCGGGGAAAGAGGGUGAAUUCGCGGUUCUAUGAGGAAAUUGCACGGCAGGUGGCUUGCAAGGUUGGAUUGGAGUGGAAGGGAAAGGGAUAA